CGACUGCCGAAACUUUUGAUCGCAUUCUGUAUUUGUAUCAGUUCCGUCCUGGGUACACGCUUGCGGACGCCUAUCACCCUCCUCCCCUCGUUCCCUUUCGCGGCUUGGAGCUCGCUGCUGCUGGCGUUUGCUUCGCUCGCUUUGUCAAACGACCAUUCUUGUGGAGCGGGUGGAAACCGACGUUGGAGGAUAGGCGUGGCGGCGUGUUAAACAUCAGCAGCUCGCCCCUUUUAGACCGCGUAUGCUCUUUAAGGAGAGAGUAACCAGCCGGGAGACGCUCCGCAGGCGGCAGGGAAGAACGACGCAACAAGCUGUUCGGAAGACUUUCCAGGCUUGUCAUAUCCAGUGCUGAAGGAUAUAUCUCACCGCUCGCCAAUCGCAGGUUCGGAUGCUGAGAAGCAAAUGGCGCCGCCUAGAUACAACCGCCUGCAUGGCGGCUCGGGUCCCUCGGCCGCAGGGAGCGGACGUUCCUUCCUUGAAGGACUUGCACGACGACCGCAACGCAUCGUCCCACUCGCCCUCACCUUCUUCCUCGCGCUCAGCUUCGUCACAUGGCUCAGCUUCACAUCUACCGGCUCCGAAACGGCCAAGCAAUGGGCCUCGAACGCCAAGUCGCAAGCUUCCGGUUGGAUCUCCAGCGCGGGCGGCAAAGGGAAACAGCCGGAAAAGUACCAGGCAAGCGAGAUCAGUCCCGCUGAUGCUCUGUACACCUUCAAACCCGGCGAUCCACCAGUGACCUAUGCCGAACUGGAGAAAUGGGGCGAGAAGGGCGACGAUGGCAACAUCUACCCGCCGCAAUUUAUCCCUGCGCUCGCCAACAAGGCGCCGCGCGCGAAAGCGGGCUUCAUCGUGCUUGUACGCAACUCCGAGCUCGAAUCGAUGCAGGCAUCCAUGCGCGAGGUCGAGGAUCGCUUCAAUCGCAAGUACGGCUACCCUUGGAUUUUCCUCAAUGACGUGGACUUCACCGAUGAGUUCAAAGCUGGUGUCAGGGCUUUGACGCGCUCCGAGAUUCGUUUCGGCAAAGUCGAAAAGGAGCACUGGGGGUAUCCGAGUUGGAUCGAUCAGAAGAAAGCGGCGGAUACGAGGGAAAAGAUGACGCUGAAGAAGGUUCUCUACGGCGGGUCCGAGUCGUAUCGCCACAUGUGCCGUUUCCAGUCCGGUUUCUUUUAUAGGCAUCCCCUCACCAAAGACCUCGACUACUACUGGAGAGUCGAGCCUGGCAUCAAGCUGUUCUGUGAUCUCGACUACGAUCCAUUCUUGUUCAUGCAGAUGAACAACAAGACAUACGGCUUCACCAUGGCUCUUCACGAGUAUGUCGAAACAGUUCCUACGCUCUACAGCGCAACGAAGCAGUUCUUCGACCUGAACCCGCAGUACAUGGCCAAAGAUGCUUCGUGGCAUUUCCUCACGGACGAGCCAGAGCGACAUUUCGACGCCGGCUGGAAUCUCUGUCACAUGUGGUCCAACUUUGAGAUUGCCGACCUGCGUUUUUGGCGCUCCGAGGCGUACUCAAAGUACUUUGAUCACCUCGACCAAGCCGGCGGGUUCUUUUAUGAGCGAUGGGGCGAUGCGCCGGUACAUUCCCUUGCUGUCUCCAUCAUGCUUGACCGUUCUAGACUGCAUCACUUCAACGACAUCGGCUACACCCACGUCCCCUUCAGUCACUGUCCUGUGAACAGGAAGAAGUAUCACGACAAUGGCAAAUGCAAUUGCAAGCCUGAAAACUCUUUCGACGAGCAUCCGUACUCAUGCUUAAAGGAAUGGUGGCGAACGGCGAAAGAAGGCAAGCCAAAGCGAAGCAGCGCGAUAGAAGAGAGAAACGAGAAGCUCCGCAGUCUAGGUGCAGGGGCGCUUGUCGACGCCUGAUGAUCCUUAUAUCGUAGCAAUCUCGAUGGGCAUGAUCGACAGCGAGGCUAGCGCCAGACGCCAAGCAAGGACAAUGCUCAUCCACACGCACACCCGCAAAUACAUGCACACCAUACUCCGCGCAUGCAACGCAUCCGUCCACUACUAAUGCAAAUGCCCCAUCCCACCUGUAGCAUACGAGCGCACUGCACACUCGCCUCCCAAUAUUUUACUGCACAACAUUUCUGACACUGCAGCAGCUCUACAACAAUGAUGAUUGCAAAUAAUAUGUUGG